AUGUCCAGCACACCAUUUUAUGAGUUAUAUCGUCGUUCGAGCAUCGGUAUGGCUUUGACCGAUUCUUUAGAUGAAUUGAUUCAAAGUGGACAUAUCAACCCUCAAUUAGCCAUGCGUGUGUUGAUGACGUUUGAUAGAAGUAUCUCUGAAGCACUUUCACAACUUGUUAGAAAUAAAGCAAACAUAAAGGGCCAUUUGCAUACUUAUCGUUUCUGUGAUGAAGUUUGGACAUUUAUAAUUGAGAACCCCAAUUUCAAAUUUGAUCAAGACAACGUCUCUGCUGAUAAAGUCAAAAUUGUUGCUUGUAAUGCCAAAAGACCUGGAGAACAAUAA